AUGCAAGUGUGGGUUGUUACAUUCAACGAUGAGGCUGUGGCUGAUUGGGAAGGGAUCUAUCAAAAAGGGCUGGAGCUUGUAGAUCCAGAGUCUCGGCAGCGCCUUCAAAGAUUCUAUCAUCGAAAGGAUAGUUUUAGAGGCCUUGUUGGUCGUCUUCUUCCCAGGAUGCUUCUGAAAGAGCGAGGGGUGCCUCCGGAUCGCAUGUCGUUUGGCAAGACAGCAACGGGCAAACCAUACAUAACAACAGAUCACCUUGCCGAACCCAUCGGAUACAGCAUCACGCACGACAGUGGAUUGAUUGCGAUGGCUUUCGCUAGCGGAAACGACCUCUAUCAUGACCCUCCAGCUUAUCGCGUCGGUGUAGACGUGAUGAAAUUGAAGCCACCCAAGCACGAGACAUUUCGUGCUUUCGUUGAUGUUUUCAAUGAUCAACUCACAUCACUAGAACGUGAUAUACUUCUCCCACCCACGGCAUCUCCGCCCUUGUCUCAAGAGGAAGCGUUUAGGCGCUUCUACUUGAUAUGGACGCUCAAGGAAGCAUAUACCAAGGCGCUGGGGCUCGGCCUUGGGUUCGACUUCAAACGCAUCGAGUAUGACGUUCCUCGAGAUAUCGUGCGGAUUGAUGGUGUUGUACCUCGAGGCUGGGAGUUCAUCCGCUUCCAGCUGGAGAAUACGCUUGAUGAUGGCUGCCAAGAGAAGUAUGUGGGAGCGGCAGCGAGAUAUAUCGGAGAAGCAGUGUUGCCUGUGGAAGAAUGCGUGGUUCAUUUUAGAAAUGCAGGAUCGUGGCUGAAGGUAUCGGAUGCAAUCGAGUUCGUCGAGCGAGCAUUGCGGGAAUUGCAGUAGUCAAUAUUCUGCUGAAUCUUCUGUACUUCUUAUACUGGUUAUCUUAUACUAAACCAGCAAGAUCCAACUUCUGAC